UGUUGAGCUACUCUCCAUGAGCUAUAUAAAUACCGCGUAUAAUAAAACCUUGGAAAUGCCAUAGGUCUCAAGGUUUGCUCCUAAAUUGAUGGAAAAUUGUGUUUCAUGGAGAAAUUCCUUACGCAGUGCUUCAUCACAAAAUCAACGUGAUGGGCAUGGGGGUACUGUGAAUACAUUUGUCAGGGCUUCUUCUGGAAAGCCAAUGAAUACUGCUAAUUCAACAAAAGAAUCUAAUGAUUAUCCUAAAGACAUAUUUCUCACCAAAAGCAAGAUUAAUAAGCCUCUUAAUUUACACGAAGACUGCUUCGAUGAAAUUCUAUCCUUAAAAAAAAAAAUCGCAUUGCUGACUUCACAGAAUAAAGAACUGAAUGUUCAAUGUCGUCUUUUUAAAGAAAAUUUGUCUAAAAAGGAAAGUGAGCUUGUGAAACUUAAUAAUCCUGCAGAGGAUUUGAAUGUAAUGCAAUGUGCACGUGGUAGCAAGCAAAACUUGUUGAGAAAUAUUCGGUCACUUCAUCAAAAACUUUUUAAACUGGAAACCCAACUGCAAGAGAAGGAUUCUCAGUACAGUCGUUUGGUAACGGACAUGAAAUUCACACGAACUGAAGAGUUGAGAAUACAACUUGAGACUGCAUACACAGAAAUCAGACGGUUAAAAGAGAAGAUCCAUAUUCUGUCAUCAGAACAGUGUCAAGUGAAAGAGAAACCAUUCACAAAACCAAGAAGAAGGAGUUCUACCUCUGAAAACAACGAAGUGAAUACUCAAAUACGAACACUGGGAAAAGUGAUCAAAGAACUAGAUCAGCAGAAGCAGGAAUUAAUAGCAAAGAAUCACUGUUUAGUCGGCAAAAUUCAGAAAUUAUACAAAUGUUUAUCAUCAAACGACUUGAAGGAAGAUAUCAAUCCUUAUCGUGCACCUGAAGAUGAUGAGCACAGCUCUCAGAUCGGAAAAUGCACAAAAUCUUCAGAUGGUCAUUUGGUUGCAACUAUUAUUGAAAGUACUGUAUCUGAAAAGGUGAAAAAUGAAACGCCAAAAGUAUCAGUUAUUGUUCGACAAGAUGAGAAAACAGUAGAAGAAUUGGCCUCUGCAAAAACUCAAAUAGUAAAUUUACAGCAGUUAAAUAAAACCUUAUCAGACGCGAAUGAAAAACUAAAGAGCCAGUAUGAAGUAAUGCAAAAGAAGAUGAAAGAGCAAGAAGCUGAGCUCCAGAAGCAUCAGAAAAAGCCUGUAAAAGAAGAUGGGUGUCAAACAGAAAAAAACAACAAUGAACAGAGCAAACAUAAUCAAGACCCUAGAUAUGAUGCAGUAACCCUUCAAAACGAAACAUCGGAAAAUAUAAUUGUUAAGGAGAACAGAGAGAAUUCGAAUACGAAUAAAUUGCAAAACAGUGACAGGAACAAUAGUGGUGGCAAGAGGCAAGAAAUAAAUCAAACUGAAGCGAAACAGAAUGUUGAAGAACAAAGCAGACAAACCACUGAAAUUAAUCUGGUCAAUACACAUAAAUAUGGGAGAUGAGGUGGCACUACAACGGAAUGAUGCUAACACAUCCAAAGAAAAACUUCACGAAAGUCCAAAUGAAGAUGGUAACGAUGACAUUGGACGAUUUUUUGAUUUAGCCUAACUAAUUGGUUUCAUGUUUUAGUAAUCCUCAGUCUCUUCGUUUCUCUGUGUAUAAACACCAAAUUUUAAUGCAUGUUAAUCAAAAUGUAACGUUGAAGAAAUCGUGUUUUAACAAACAGUUAACAGGCAUAACGUAAAUUUAAAAAAACAACAUGACAAAACACCUACAAAAAUGUUGUCUUUUCCUUAUUUUAUAUAAUUCACGCUCAAUCUGUUUUCUUUUAAAUAGGUUGCUAUAUGGUAUUUUAAUUCAGUGACACAUCUUUGUAAAUAA